GAAAGCUGUUGUUCAAUAUUAGGCAAAAUCAUUAUUACCAUAGUGACAGCAAAACAAAAUCGUCAUUACCCCAGUAACAGUAAACAAGUUGCGCCAUGAGUAUAACUAACCAUCUGGAAACAGACCUCGGCUUAUAGUGUCCACUGGCUGGGACGCACAGAAACAAGGGUUAAAACGGGAAAGAUGGCACGGAAAAGUAGAGAUUUCAUGUUGCACUUUGUGCGCGACUUAAUGGACAAGACUGUGGACGAAGCUGACUUGAUUCACUCUUUACGCCAGAUCAUGAGAAAGGACAAGGCGAAGAACAAAGACAAGGGUAAGAACAAUGACAUACUGUCAAGCUAUAGAUAUAAUGAGAAGGAGAAGAACAAGCAUCAGAAAUUAUUAACGUCAGAUUCAGGAGAGUCGGUGCUUCAUAUUGCCGUCAGCUGUAGAAGGAAUAGAGUUGCCGAGGAAAUAGUCGAUUGUAUUCCAAGUUUAAUCAACUGUGAGAGGAAGGACGAUGACUACCGUGGACAGACGCCAUUCCACAUUGUCAUUGCCAUGGCCCACAGUGAAACUACUGGUCAGCAAAAAUUACUGGAACACAUGAUUAAAAAACUCAAACGUGAAGAUGAACAGAAUGAUAGUCAUCUGCUCAAAGAGGCGAUCGAACGUCGAGUUGUAGGAAAGAAAUUAAGAGGUACUGUGAUGUUAGGAGGGACACCGUUGUCCAUUGCUGCUUUGAAUCAUAACGAAAAUAUAGUUGACCUUCUCCUGGAAAAUAAAGCUGAUCUUUUAGGUUCAAACAGUUUUGGGAAUACAGUUUUUCACUCGUUGGUCCUGUACGUAUCUUUCUAUCCAGGAAAAGAGAGUGACAUCCUCAACAUGUUUGACACGUUGGCACGAAAGAACAAACAGCAUAAAGGUUUAAAGUAUAACAGACAAUAUAUACAACGAGAAAAUGCUCGUAAACAAACAGCGCUCCAUCUUGCUGCCGAGUUGGGUCUGGACAACGUGUUUAAACACAUUCUUGAUAUGGAAGAUGCAUACAAGUUCUUCACUAGUCAUGACGGUGUUUUUGAUAUCUACGAGUGUGAUAUAACAGAGAUUGAUAAGGUAACCUGGGAUGAGGCUGUUCUGCAGAUGUCACCUGACUACAGGAAUACAGACCACAGAGCCGAGGGGCUGGCAAAAGGCAAAGAGGAUUCAGGAAUAAAAACCUAUUGGAAGAGAUUGAGACAAAAUACGAACCAGAGUAUUUUGGAAAUCAUAUGCAGUUUGAAGACAACGACGGCUUAUGCGUUUCUGAACGCCUACACGGUCCAAGAAGUGGUGUACUUAAAGUGGCAGAAGAACUGGCAUUACUACUACAUUGGCCUCUUUCUUCACCUGUCACUGAUGAGUAUCCUCACCUGGCAUUUAGAUCUCAAAGUUGAUGCCAUCCUGGAUCCUGACCCGGCGCAGAAGCAGACCUUGAACCUCAGGGUUUUGAACAUCAUCUUUAUCGUCAUAAGUCUCCUUUAUGUAAUUCUAGAAAUUCACAGGACAUUCUUUUCGUGGCAACCAUUCCAUAUAACAAGACUGCAUCACAAUGGAGUAUACAGGUGCAUAUUUGUGCUGUUUGGUUUGGCAUUACUGACAGACGCGUCGUGGAAUGUUGUAACUGUUACAAACAACUACUGUCUGGUGAUAGCAUUGAUCCUUGGUUGGUGGUCAACAAUCUUCUUCCUCCGUGGAAUCUCACCUUUCAGCUACGUUACUCUUAUGUUACAGAAAGUCCUUUUUGGGGAUAUGCUGAAAUUUAUACCAAUUAUUUUCAUAAUGAUGAUAGCAUUUACAUGUGCAAUGUACAGUUCGAUGGCGAUAACUCAACCUGACGCUUUUGGGAACUUCUCUACAAGUCUAGUGACGAUGUUUAAACUGAUGACUGGUCAGGCAGAGAUAGAUGGACUUGAGGGAGCAUCACAGCAUGGGUCUAUCCCAGUUUUUGUCUUCUCUGUGAUAGUCAUCCAAAUAUUCCUCCUCAACAUCCUCAUCGCCAUUAUGUCCAGGACAUGCGAAAGUGUUGAGAAUUCAAAUAAACUGUUGUGGCUACAGAGAUUGUCCAUUGUCUUAUUCAUUGAAGGUAUACUGCCUAAAUGUCUGAAGAAGGCCAUGGGGACAGAGCAAAAGACAGAUUAUGGCAGUACGAGAUAUCUCCUCAUAAUUGACCGUUUGAGAGACGGAGACUCAAUGUUCAACAACAUGUUUGAAGAAAAUGGCAGUUUGAAUGCUACAUCACUGCGCAACUUUAUAAACAACCGUAAAAUAGGGGAGGCAACAACACUCCCUGGCACAAACCACAAUCCCGGACCACAAACUAUCCAGCAUCUAUAUAUUGAUGACUAUUUGAAGAGUACAUAAAUAAAUGAAGACAUCAUCGUAAAAGUGACAAGCCACAUACGAAGUGUAACUCAGGAUCAUUGUCAAAAACCUAUAUAUGGCUAAACACAUGAAGGAUCGUGGACUUCGUUCAAGUAAAGGGUACAACCAAUUGCCUUUUAAACAACCGUUAAUGUUCGGCACAUUAUAAAAA